UUGACCUGCGAAAUGCUCCGUACUUAGACGAGUGCUGCCGACGGGAGACGAUGCUGAGGAAUAUGGCAGCGACGUUGGGAGGUAUUCGUGCCGUGACUUCAAGAUUUCUGGUUCCAAUUUGUUAUGGGCAGGCCAGAAAUUUUGCUGCGCGAAAGGGAACUCGCGAAAAAGCAAGAAAAAAGAAAGUUAAAGUGGAGAUCAAAAAAGUUGCGUGGGUUCCGCCAAAGCUGAGAGAAAAGAAAGAUAAAUUGCCACUUAUUUCUAAACGUCUGAACGACAGCCACAAGCCAGUUUCCUGUGACGAUGUGUGGAUUGGCAGGUAUUAUCAGUGGAGGGUAUACGACUUUGUUGAAGCUGUACAGUGCCAUCGAGAAACCCACCACCCAACAAUGUACAACGUUCCAGAUGCACCACUCUUCGCCUUUAUUGAACUGGACAUGUCCACAGACAAGAAAACAAAAUUUGUUGAUAACUUUACCAGAGUUGCUGGUAUUCCACAUCCAUUUGAACAUGGCGAAGACAGAUCUGUCAUAGUUUUUGCAAAGACACAAGAAGAACAAAAGAUUGCCCUUGAAGCCGGAGCAACAGUGGCUGGUGGAAUGGAGCUCAUCACAGAUAUACAGAAUGGUAAUUUGUCCAUGCAAGAUUUCAAGUACGCAGUUGCUCAUCCGAGUAUCCUACCUGAGUUAGCAUCUGUCAGAGGACUCUUUAGGCGGAAAUUUCCAAACAUUAAGAAUGGUACCCUUGGGCCAGAUAUAGCUGAGAUUGUUAAAAGAUUUGCACAUGGGAUUUGCUAUACAGCUUCAAGAGAUGAACGUGAACUGGAUUAUGGUACAAUAGAAGCACAGAUUGGAAUUCUGACAAUGGAUCCAAAGCAUUUGGAAGAAAAUUUUGCUGCGCUUCUACAAGAUGUUCAUGCUGCACGAACUCGCAAAAAAGCAAAUUUUAUUACAAGGACUCUUCUUACCAGUCCCCCAUCUCGAGAACGGUUUAAGAUUGACCAUGGACUAUAUGUUGAGGUCUUCAGGGAUGUCAGAGAAGAAGAAUCAGAAGCUAAAACACAAGAUGAGUUUGAAGAAGCUGAUGUGAAACAAAGCACUGCUACAGGAUGAUGGGUGUACUGUUGUUUGUCAGUAAGAUAAACAAAUUUUUUGUCUUAUUGAAAACAGUGUACAGGAUUUCUCGAAGAUAAUUCGCCCUUUAAUUCUGAUACCAUUUCAGAAUUUCUGAACUGGCCAAAUUUUUCUAGUAAUUAUGAUUUUUGUAAUUUAUUUUCCCCAUUUUUUUCAACAUGUUAACUAAAUUAUAUUUGUCAUAGAAAAUAAUAAGUUUUUGAAAACAUAAUGUAAUUGGAUAGAUAAAAAAUAUGAUCACUAAGAGGUAGGAGAAAAAUUAUAUAACAGGUAAUUACAUUUCUCAUAUCAUUUUCUAAAUCUUCUCAGAAAACAGUGGCCCUGUUAUUUAUGAACAUGGAGAAUGGUGCCAGGAUGUCUGUCAAAUGGAAAAGCAUUAUCAAGGCAAAUGAAGUACCUCAAUAUUGUCUGACUACUGCUGGUCCUAUUAAAUAUUCCUGGGGAAGUAACACACUUUACAACAGUACUUUCAAAUGCAAACAGAAGAAAGAAAAAUCUGUCAGUACACAAAGGAAUCAAGUAAAUGAGUAACCUAAUACUAAAGAAAAGUAAAGAAUGAUACCUAAAAAUAUAUUCUUCCAAAUUUCCAGCAAUACUUUGCCUGAGGAACACCACUUUGUAAGGACUGGCAAUAAUAAAAAAAAUUGAUAUUCAAUUUUAUCCAGGAAGAAGUCCAAAUAUACAUUCAAAAAAAGUUAUGGAAAUAACUUUUUUACAUUCUGUAAGAUGUUAAGAUAUCAGUAUUUCUUGUUGUACAAUAUCAUGAUAGUUCUUUGCCCUAUUGUUACCUAAACAGACAUGCUCUUCUUUUAACAUCACUCAAUAAAUCAAGGAAAUUGUCAUCAAACAUCAAUUUGCUAAUUUGUGAACCUGCGUCACUGAUCAUGGGAAUUACGUGAAUCGUCAUGAAGUUUUGUCCUUGAAGUUUUUGAUGAGAAUCAGUUUAGUGUGCAAUGAAGAUAGAUACUCAUUUUUUAGGGUCAACGAGAUCAUUUUUCAUGACAUUGUUUUCCUUGGGCAGCAGUACAUUCCAAGCAAUCCAUUUUCCCCAUAAUAGUGGCUUUUUUUCUGUCUUUGCUGCCCCAUUCACAUCGAAAGCAGCAGUGUUUUGUGUAGCUGAGCUGCAUGUUGAGAAGAACUGCAAUUACCUUGUGCUCCACACACACACACACACACACACACACACACACUCUCUCUCUCUCUCUCUCUCUCUCUCUCUCUCUCUCUCUGUGAAGAAAAUGCUAAACAAAGACUGCCAAGUAACCUAGAAGCAUGUAGAAGAUACCUUAGGGCUAAAUGCUCCAGCAGUUUGUUUGAAUCUACAAAUAAAGAAAUUUGUUGUGCUGCAUAGGCUGAUGGAAGAACAAAUGACACGAUGUGUGACUCGGUGCUGUGAGAUGAUGAAGUUUUUUAAGGGACAAUGUCAUUAUGUGAAUAAUAUCGUGACAGGUGACGAGACGUGCUCACUAAGACUGGAAACAAAGUUUUAUUCUUUGAAGGUAAUGACACACCUUUAGUUGUCUAAAAAUCCCAAUCAGUAAAGAAUAAAAUGAUAGCUUCUUUCCAGAUUGUGUGGAAUUGUGGGCAUUGUUAUUUUGGACAUGCACAAGUCAGUCACAGCUAAGUGGUACACUAAACAGUGCCUGCCCAAAGUCAUCCAGUCUUUGAAGAACCUCCGACUGAAGUCAAGAAGGCCACUCGGUUCCUUUAUCACAACAGUGCUCCAUCUCACACGCCAAAGUGUGCAUCGAAUAUUUGUUGAGGUACAGGACUGAAACUUCUCUAGAACCCUCCUUGUAGUCCAGACGUUGCUCCUUGUGACUUUGCACUGAUCCUGCAUGUGAAAAUGAAGCUGAAAGGAGUGCAGUUUCCAGGUAAUGAAGACCUCCUGACGGCUUGGUACGAGUGUGCCUUACUCCCUACAGAAGCUGGGGGGAAGCGGUUUAGGGAUGGUGAGGUGUACUCAGUGUGAUGGAAAUUACUUCAAAAAAGUUAAAUAAACAAAGCUGUACUGCAAAAUUUUCCUAA